AUGUGGAGUAUAAACUGGCUCAGGCACCGGCUUGCUGUGGCCUGCAAAGGAAAUGUUUCUUUGCAGAGUGCAGCUAUGAGUAUCUCCCUUGUGCUGGAGCAAGUACCCAUGCAGACUGAGAUCAGCAGAGAGGAGACAUCAGCCCUGGGCACUAUCAUGCUGGAGACUUUGGAAAGUGCCAUGUUGGCCACACUUCUGACACCCUCUGGAAACGUCAGAGAGACCAUUUGGACAGAAAACCUAGACAUCGAAAGCAGAGUUAUCAAUGAAGAAUGCAAUGAUGAGAAUGUCUCCUUUAACUUGAAAGCCAGAGGUGAUGAGAUGAAUGUUAGCUGUUUCAUCAUUGAGGAAUCAGAAUCCACAGGGACCACAGGAGUGGCUUUUGUCUCCUUUGCAAACAUGGAAUCGGUUUUAGAUGAACGCUUCUUCGAAGAUGGUCUGGCCUCCUGGAAGCUGAAGAUGAAUUCCCGUGUUGUUGGUGGCAUUGUGACAGAGGAGAAGAAGGAGGGCUUCUCCAAGACUGUUGUCUACACUCUCCAGCACAUCCAGCCAAAGCAGAAGUCUGAGGGGCCCAUCUGUGUCUCUUGGAACCCUAAUGUGGAGGAUGGGAGAUGGACACGCUCAGGCUGUGAGAUCACCAAAGCAUCUGAGACAUACACAGAGUGCAGCUGUAACCGGAUGGCAAACUUGGCCAUCAUCAUGGCUUCUCAGGAGCUCACAAUGUAAUUCUCCUUGUACGUCAUCAGUCACGUGGGUACAGUCAUCUCCCUGGUGUGCCUCACCUUAGCCAUAGCCACCUUCCUGCUGUGCAGUGCUGUUCAGAACCAGAACACCUACAUGCACCUGCACCUUUGUGUGUAUCUCUUCCUGGCCAAAUUUCUCUUCCUAAUGGGUGUAGACAAGACGGACAUCCAGACGGCCUGUGCCAUCAUUGCGGGAUUCCUGCACUAUCUUUUCCUUGCCUGCUUCUUCUGGAUGCUGGUGGAGGCAGUAAUGUUCUUCCUGAUGGUGAGAAACCUGAAGGUGGUGAAUUAUUUCAGCUCUCGAAACAUCAAGAUGCCCCUCUGUGCCUUUGGCUAUGGGCUUCCAGGCCUGGUUGUCGUGAUCUCUGCCAGCGUACAGCCCCAGGGCUUUGGGAUGCAUAGUAUCUGUUGGCUGAAUAGAGAGACUGGGUUCAUCUGGAGUUUCCUGGGGCCAGUCUUCAUGAUCAUCACGAUCAACUCUGUUCUCCUCACCUGGACCCUGUGGGUACUAAGGCAGAAGCUCUGUAGCGUCAGCUCAGAAGUCUCAGAACUUAAGGACACCAGGUUGCUUACCUUCAAGGCUGUUGCCCAGAUCUUUGUCUUGGGCUGUUCCUGGGUGCUGGGCAUUUUCCAGAUUGACUCAAUGGCAAGCACCAUGGCGUACCUGUUAACCAUUAUCAACAGCCUGCAGGGGGCCUUCAUCUUCCUCAUUCAUUGUCUGCUCAACCGCCAGGUACGGGAUGAAUAUAGGAAAGUCAUCACCAGGAAGACUGAAUCUAGCUCCCAUUCCCAGACUUCAGGGAUCUUACUGACAUCUAUGCAACCCAUUUCCAAGAUGGGUUAACAUCAUUUCUUGCCUUUAAA